CCAAGUUGUGAACCAAUCUUUAAAACAACACUCAUACAUUGUGGGUUGGUCAUCCUAAGUUGUGGGUUGGCCACCACUCUAUCAUCCAAUAGUAGAGAAAAGGAAUGAAGAAGGAUUUACACCAACCGACCAUUGACAAUUCACUGGUUCAUCUUCACCAACAUAAAAGUCAGACGAUAAGUCACUGAACACUUUACUUUCGUCUUUAUGAACUCAAACAUCUACAACAACAUGAAGACAUUCUCUUUACUCUUCAUCAUCUCUUUACUCAUCAACGGUGGGUUCACAGAUGAAGUGUCAGUGAUAGAGGGAGAUUCUGUCACACUUCACACUGAGACUGAAAUACAGAGUAAAGAUAUGAUCGAGUGGUGGUUUGGAGAUAAACAGGAUUUUGUAGCUAGAUUAGAUAAAGAGAGCAAUGAGAUGCUGUAUUCUCAAGAUAAAAGAUUCAGAGACAGACUGAAGCUGAACAAUAAGAAUGGAGAUCUCACCAUCACAAACAUCACAACUGAACACAUGGGAGUUUUAAAAGUAGACGUCGCUGGAAGAAUAACAACAACAAAGCCGUUUAGUGUUACUGUGUUUGGUGAUGCAGGUGAAGUGAAGUCAGUAUCAGUGAAGGAGGGAGAUUCUGUUACUCUGUACGCUGAUGUCGGUUAUAUGGAUAAUUAUGAUGUGAUACGCUGGAGGUUUCAACAUGGAGACUCUCCUCUAGCUGUAAUCGACAAAAAGUCUAGAAUCUUCUCUAUACCUGAUGACGAGAGAUUCAAAAACAAACUUCAUUUAGACCUUCAGACUGGAGAUCUCACCAUCAGGAGAAUCAGAUCUGAUCACUCUGGACUUUAUGAAGUAAAUAUCGACAGCAUUAGCAGAACACACACCAUACAGCAGAUAUUCACAGUUACUGUCAGCGGUGCACAGAAGACACUGUCAGUGAUGAGGAGUAGUUCUGUCACUUUAAACACUGAUACUGAAGUACAGAGAGGUGAUCGAAUACUGUGGGAGUUUGUAUCUGAUGACACUCGAAUAGCUGAAAUAUAUCAACCAAACAAUAUAUUCACUACAUACAAUUAUGGGAGAUUCAAAGACAGACUGAUGCUGAACAAUCAGACUGGAUCUAUCAUCAUCACAAACAUCAGAUCUGAAGACUCUGGACUUUAUCAACUAAAGAUCAGCAGUAGAAGACGAUCCAUUCAGAGGAAAUUUAAUGUAAAUGUAACUCUCCUUACACAACAAGAAUUGUAUAUUGUUGUGGCGUCAGUAAUAUGUGGUGUUGUCCUCCUCCUGGUUAUCUCUGUCGCUGCUGUGUAUUUCUAUUACCGCAGGUUUCCUAUAGCAAGAAGACAUAAAGCGAGAGAGGGACGGUCUGUCGUUCUACAUGCUGAUGAUACAAUACUACGGUUUGGCUUUAUACAUACUGCUUUAACAAAACUAUGGUCUGGCAUGACACAUACUGCUGUUAAAGAACUACAGAGAGAUGAUGUGAUCGAGUGGAGGUUUGUGCCUCAAAAUACAGUCAUAGCUGAAAUCAAGGGAAGAACACUGAACACAUAUGAUGGUGAUGAUGAGAGAUUCAAGAACAAACUGAAGCUUAAAAACACUGGAUCUCUCACCAUCUCAAACAUCACAAGUAAUCUCUCUGGACUUUAUGAACUCAAAAGCAUCAAAGAUGGAAAAACUUUCUACAAGAGAUACAGACUGACAGUCACAGACAGGAGAGAUUCAGUGGAUAUAUACUGAUAACGUGACUUUGUUGAAUAUAUGUGGUCAGCAGGAGAGAUAACAUGAAUUAAAACACAUCAGCAUCAAGAGUCUUACAUGAACAAUGAAGAACUAUAUUUUAUUUUGAACUUAAAAAUACAUUAUGAGAUCAAGCUGUAUGUGGAAAGAACUAACUAAACAGAGUAAAUAUAUAAACAGUAUCUAUCUUUGAUUUGCAAUAAAUAUUGAGACUUUCAAAUUAAAUGAAAAGAAAUUCAACUAACACACAACAUUUAACGUAUCUAUACAAACAUUUUGUUUUCUGUUUAACCUCUGAUGUAAAUAUAUCAGAUUUUAUAUGUUACUAAAAGCUUACAGGGUGUAGA